CCAAGAUUAUGCGCUCCUGGUACCCUAGCUGUUCUUUCUUGCCGCGGUUUGUUUGGACCUCCCCGGGAGCUCUCUUCUCUGCGCUGCAAUGAGUUAUCGCAAGGGAAUCGCUGCUGCUAAGCGGGACAAGAACAAGGGUCGAACGCACGGCUUGACUGAAGAACAGAAGCAGGAGAUCAGGGAGGCUUUCGAUUUGUUCGACACAGAUGGAUCUGGAACAAUCGACGCCAAAGAACUUAAGGUGGCAAUGAGAGCACUCGGUUUUGAGCCGAAGAAAGAAGAGAUCAAGAAGAUGAUAGCCGAUGUUGAUAAAGACGGUAGCGGGACAAUCGAUUUCGAGGAGUUUCUUCAGAUGAUGACUGCUAAGAUGGGAGAGCGCGAUUCCAAGGAAGAGAUCAUGAAAGCAUUUCGCUUGUUUGACGACGACGAGACCGGAAAGAUCUCCUUCAAGAAUCUCAAGCGAGUUGCAAAGGAGCUAGGAGAAAACAUGACGGACGAGGAACUUCAGGAGAUGAUCGACGAAGCCGAUCGCGAUGGUGAUGGUGAGAUAAGCGAGGAAGAAUUCUACAGGAUCCUGAAGAAGACAAGCCUGUUCUAGAAGAACAUGUAGUCGCUCUUGUGCAAAACAAGCAUUCGAUUAUAGCCACCUAGAAAUCUAGUAUAAGCACUGACUUGACAAAUUCAAUCGAGCAAGGAACCUAUCAGAAUCUCCUA